CCAGGGGCUUUUUGCUGCCUUGGAUUCGCUGCGCACGGCAGGCGGACACCUUCAUCGGUCGGCUGGCCGCGUCCCACCCGCCCGCGGCUCCUCAGGUGUUUUUUCUUCUUCUGAAUAAACUUCCAGGAGGACUAUGAAGGAUUAUGAUGAACUUCUCAAAUACUAUGAAUUAUAUGAAACUAUUGGGACAGGUGGCUUUGCAAAGGUCAAACUGGCCUGCCAUAUCCUCACUGGAGAAAUGGUUGCCAUAAAAAUCAUGGAUAAAAGUGCGCUUGGGAGUGACUUGCCCAGGGUCAAGACGGAGAUUGAUGCCUUGAAGAACCUGCGACAUCAGCACAUAUGUCAGCUUUACCAUGUGCUAGAGACAGCCAACAAAAUAUUCAUGGUUCUUGAGUACUGCCCUGGAGGAGAGCUGUUUGAUUACAUCAUAUCCCAGGAUCGCCUGUCCGAGGAGGAGGCCCGAGUUGUGUUCCGUCAGAUACUGUCUUCUGUCGCCUACGUGCACAGCCAAGGCUAUGCCCACAGGGACCUCAAACCAGAAAAUUUAUUGUUUGAUGAGUACCAUAACUUAAAGCUGAUUGACUUUGGUCUCUGUGCAAAACCCAAGGGUAACAAGGAUGACCACCUACAGACAUGUUGUGGGAGUCUUGCUUACGCAGCACCAGAAUUAAUACAAGGCAAAUCAUAUCUUGGAUCAGAGGCAGAUGUUUGGAGCAUGGGAAUCCUCUUAUAUGUACUUCUGUGUGGAUUUCUCCCAUUUGAUGAUGAGAAUGUCAUGGCGUUGUACAAGAAGAUUAUGAGAGGAAAAUAUGAGAUUCCUAAUUGGCUCUCUCCCAGUAGUAUUGCCCUUCUCCAGCAAAUGCUACAGGUGGACCCCAAGAAGCGGAUUUCUGUGAAACAUCUCCUGAGCCACCCGUGGGUUGUGAAGGAUUACAACUGUCCCGUGGAAUGGCAAAGCAAGAGUCCUUUUAUUCACCUUGACGAAGAUUGUGUAACGGAACUUUCUGUUCAUCACAGAAACAACCGGCAAACGAUGGAAGACUUGAUUUCACUGUGGCAGUAUGAUCAUCUGACGGCGACCUAUCUUCUGCUUCUAGCCAAGAAGGCUCGGGGAAGACCAGUUCGUUUAAGGCUUCCUUCCUUUUCCUGCGGACUAGCCAGCAGGACUCCGUCCAGAGACGGCAAGCCAAAGAAUCUGAGUCUGGAAGAUAUGACCAGAAGUGAUGACAAUUAUGUGGUUGGAGGUAUAAAUCAUGACUGGUGCGAAGAAAAUUCGUCAGCAGGUGUGACCACUCCCCAAACACCACCGUUGGCCAACCACUGGACAGCAUCGAAUGAUCUGGAAUCUGAAUCAACUCCAGGGUCAUGCCGAGCAUCUACAGAUAAAUUAAAAAACAAAGAGAAUGUAAAUACUCCUAAGUCUGCUGUGAAGAAUGAAGAGGGCUUUGUGUUUCCAGAGCCUAAGACUCCCGUGAAUAAGAACCAGCCUAAAAGGGGAAUACUCACCACCCCAAAUCGUUGCACGGCACCCUCAAAAGAUGGAAACCAGUGCCUGAAAGAAACGCCAGUUACGACGCCAGUGACUCCCGGAGGGACACACAGCUUAAUGACAGGUGUCAUUAGCCCGGAGAGGCGGUGCCGCUCGGUGGAACUGGAUCUCAACCACAUGCACGUCGAGGAGACUCCAAAAAGAAAAGGCACCAAAGUGUUUGGCAGCCUCGAGAGGGGGCUGGAUAAAGUGAUCACCGUGCUUACCAGGAGCAAAAAGAAGGGCUCCGCCAAAGAUGGACCAAGAAAAUUAAAGCUUCACUAUAAUGUGACUACUACCAGAUUAGUGAAUCCAGAUCAACUCCUGAAUGAAAUCAUGUCUGUUCUUCCCAAGAAGCAUGUCGACUUUGUACAGAAAGGCUAUACACUGAAGUGUAAAACACAGUCAGAUUUUGGCAAAGUGACAAUGCAGUUUGAACUAGAAGUGUGCCAGCUUCAGAAGCCCGAUGUGGUGGGUAUCAGGAGGCAGCGGCUCAAGGGCGAUGCCUGGGUUUACAAGAGAUUAGUGGAAGACAUCCUAUCUAGCUGCCAGGUGUGAUUGAUGGGCAGUUUCCAUCCUGCUGCAUGGGUGUGGGUGUGACACGGCCCAAGUGGAGACUGGUGUGCUUGGUUUGAUUUUCAAGCCCAUUGGAACUCCAAGCUCGUUUCCAAAGAGCCGUUUUGAAGCCUAGUAUCGCUUUGUUGUUUAACAGAAGAUAUUGUCUUGUGGAUGAAUUUAAGGCAAAACCAUCUGCCAUUAUCUGUUCCUGUCCUUUUUAAUCAUGUGGCUGUGUAUAUUAAUAACUGUUGACGUUCCUAGACUCACUUCCUUAUGUGAAUGAAGGCACUUAACUAUGUCUUCUUUUCAUGUGUAAUUUCUUUCUGAAAUAAAACCAUUUGUGAAUAUAG